AUGUCCGCGGUCGUCGCCCCUGCAGCCGCCUACCCGGACACCAUGCACUUCGAGGCAGAAGAAUCCAAGGAAGUGGCUACAGAUGUCUUUAAUUCCAAAAACCUGGCCGUUCAGGCACAGAAGAAGAUCUUGGGCAAAAUGGCAUCCAAGUCCAUUGCAACCACUCUUAUCGACGACACAAGCAGUGAAGUGCUAGAUGAGCUCUACAGGGUGACCAAGGAGUACACCCAGAACAAGAAGGAGGCAGAGAAAAUCAUCAAAAACCUCAUCAAAACCGUCAUCAAGCUGGCCAUCCUUUACAGGAACAACCAGUUUAACCAAGACGAGCUGGCACUGAUGGAAAAAUUUAAGAAGAAAGUUCACCAGCUUGCAAUGACGGUGGUCAGCUUCCACCAGGUGGACUUCACCUUUGACCGGAACGUGCUGUCCAAGCUGUUGAAUGAGUGCAGAGAGAUGCUGCACCAGGUCAUCCAGCGUCACCUCACCGCCAAGUCACACGGACGAGUUAACAACGUCUUUGAUCACUUCUCAGAUUGUGAUUUCUUGGCGGCCUUGUAUAAUCCCUUUGGAAAUUUUAAACCCCACUUACAGAAAUUGUGUGAUGGUAUCAACAAAAUGUUGGAUGAAGAGAACAUAUGA